AUGGCUUCAGCCGCCACUAUCACCGCGCCAAAAAUGAACCUCAAGCUUACAUCAAACGACUCCGCUGUCCUGCAAGCUCUUUUCGACAAUGGUGAGGGCUCGUUUCCUAUUCCAUCUUCGACAGAUACAUCUUUAGAGCAUACAGCCGCCGCCGACUCGCAAGCCAUCAAUAUCGACGAUUCAUUACCAGCAUUUCCUCGAUGUUCUAUCGAAGAGGCGGCAUUAAGUUCGUUAAAAGAUCGUGAACUGGCAAUAAUACAUCGGAUACAAACUAGCUCGUCAACAUCAAGCACCACAUAUUCGACACAGGAAGCAUCGUCAUCAUCGACGCCAAACCACAUUUUAGAACAAGCCAUUGCUGAUCUUUCAUCACUUAUUACCGAACACCCCGAUUAUCCACCGCUGUACGCAAACAGAGCGCAGGCAUUACGGCUACUCAUACAAUCCAAAAACUCGGACGCAAACGACACAGACAAAGAUGCCGCUAUAUUCCAUCCCGCAAACAAAGAUCUAGCAACGAAACUUCUAUCAGACUUGAGUAAAGCCAUAUCAUUAGCUAGCCCUGUACCAACCGGCGCGAAUGGGGACAGUACCAAUGUCUCAUCAGCUCAGCACCGCUUACUCUCAAACACCCAUAUGCACAGGGGUUAUCUUCUACUCAAAGCGGGCAAGAUCUGCAAGGAAGAGGAGAAGGACACGAACGAAACAGGAAACCAAGAAAGAGGAGGUCCCAACCAACUCCUCGGAAUCACGAGUAGGGAUCAACUAGAAGAAAUGGCCAGUCAAGAUUUCUUUGAAGCGGGUCGGUAUGGGAAUGAAGUUGCAAAACAAUUGAGUGUGGGGACGAAUCCGUAUGCGAAGAUGUGUGGAGCGAUUGUGAAGGAGGCUUUGAAGAAGGAGAUUGAAGAGUUUCAAUCUUGA